CAUUGCUAUUGGUGCGAUAGAUUUGAGCCCUGGAAGAGGAGUGAGAAAUCAGGGACUGGCGAGCAGCGUGAGAGCUGGAACGCCGUUGUGUGCUAGGUGCAGCAAAGCAGUUUGUGAGUUGAGUCCCAGCUGCAGAUGCCACGGCUUUAGAGACUGUGCAUGGUCAGCUCAUGGAAUUCAUGUCGCGAUUUCGACGCGCGCCACAUGCCCCUACGUUUGACAGACUUUGCCGAGCAGCUUACUGCGGCUGGAAGGCUGUGGCAUAGGGCGUGCUUGCGCUGCGAUGGUUGCCGAACGACGCUCGAGCCGUCCAAGCUGGAAGAGGGUCCAAUCGGAGCAGAAGAACACGCGGCAGAGGGCGAAAGGGGCUGCAACGUGUGGUGCAGGACUUGCUACAAGAAAUUGUUUGGGCCCAAAGGCAUAGGAGUGGCGGGAAUGUCUUUGCCUGAAGCUCAAAUUUCGCCCCGUCGAUAGGCUGUCUGCGAUAUGGUCCCUCAUCACUCUCUUAUAUCUCCCCUCGUUCCGAUCACUGAUCCCCGGACCGACAUGACGUACUUUCGAACUGCGUUGCGAAAUGAUGAUUGUCACGCACACUUUCACUACUAUACCAUGCUGUGUACCAUCCCCGCAGAUACGCGCACCACCACGACGAAGAUGACGACGACGAUGGGUGGUCUUUAGCUCUCCUUCACGCGACUUCCUUGCUUGUCAUGUUACCAGUCGAUGCUCAGCUGGAUAUUUCAUGCCAAUGAACGAAU